CACGCACUGACAGUGUUUUGUUGGCUUUUCACCAAAUUUGACGCUUCAAUACAUCGUUUGUUUACCACUUAAGACAUCACUGCAACGGAUCUGUAAGACAUGUCGCACACCAUAGUGUUGGUCCAGACCGGCAAACCUGACACCAGAACCUACAGUGACUUCGAGUCUGUCAACGAUGCCAUGGAGGGCGUGUGUCACAUCUACGAGCAGCACCUGAAGCGCACUAAUCCGGACACGCCG